AUGCCCAAGCCACAGUACACCCAAAAGUUUCGGGACUGUUGGUUACGUGACCCAGGAUUAAAGGAUUGGUUGCAAGUUGUGGAAAGCACUGGUGGUCCAGUAGCUAACUGCAUGAUGUGUGGUGACAUAUGUGACAUAUCAAGACUAACUUUUGCCGGUGAUUUCCAAAAGCAAGUGGAGGAAAUAAUGCAAUAUAUUCGACUCACGAGGCAAGAGGUGGAGACUUUGCAGUUGUUAUUUGAUAAUUUGCACCAAUCUCUCAGUAUUGUGUGGCCAGGUUGCAAAGUUCAUGGAUUUGGUUCGAUAGUCACUGGAUUAGGGAUAAAGACAAGUGAUAUUGAUUGCUACGUAGAGCUUCCGAGCUGGUUCUAUCCACCGGAUCGGCCGUUUGUUAUUCAAGCUAGGAAUAUUUUGAGACAGAGACCACAGAUUUACCAGGAAUUAUUUUCACUUACAAAUGCAAAAAUACCCAUAGUUAAAUUUUACCACAAACCAACAAGGAGAUUUUGCGAUGUUAACUUUACUAGUAUGGCUGGUGUGUGCAACAGUGCAUUAAUCAAUUAUUUCCUAAACUCAGACCAAAAGAUACUAUAUUUAGCUAUUUUAGUCAAGUACUGGGCGAAAAUUCAUAAUUUAACUGGUGUAAAUAUGAUGUCAAACUACUGUCUAACGCUAUUUGUUGUAUUUUAUUUACAACAAAAGAAUAUUCUGCCGUCGGUGAUGGACUUGCAAGAAAAGGUAGAUGAACACUUUGUAGAUUGUUGGAACUCAGCUUUCUGUAAGGAGUAUCAAUUUAGUCAAAUUAAUGAAACACUAUACCAGUUACUGGGAGGAUUUUUUAAAUACUACAGUACGUUUAAUUUUGAAAAGCUUAUUAUAUCUCCAUAUGUUGGAAAACCAGUUGAGAGGGAUAUGUUUUCGAACGUUGAAUCAGUUCCAUUGGAAUUUCAACUUUAUAAGAAAUAUGUUAGUAGUAGUAAUAGUGAAUGCAAACCUAUAAGAUUGGACACAUGUAUGUGUGUUCAAGAUCCCUUCGAGCACAACAGAAACUGUGCCGUUUCCGUACAUCCAAAACUAGCUCAGGAUAUCAUAUCUCAUUUGCGCAAAGCGUCAGAGGUAUUUGAUAGUAUGGAUGAGAAAAGUUUUCUAAGACAAUUAUUAAUAAAAAUAGGUUCAAAUAAGCCGAGAAAUAGGAAACCUAAGAAACCAGUGGUCAACGGAGUCAAAAAGAAAUACAAACAAAAUUUGAACAUACAACAAAAUGUCAAAUUCAUUGCACAAAAAUAUUUCAAAGCUAAAAAUGAGAGGAGAGAAUGAUUGAUGAUUGUUCUUUGACGAAAAACUUGUUACUUUUGUUGUUAACUAUAUUUGAAUAUGUCUUUGAAAUGAGGCUUAAUUUGGAAUUAUUUAUGAGAAGAUUUGGGUUAGUUGUAGAUCUGCCAGAUUGACCAGUUGCUAACAGAAGAAAAGCUAAAGCUGGAAAGUAUCUGACGUAUGACAGAUAAAAGUGCAUAUAUUAAUUUAUGUCAGAUACUUCUAUUCGUAACCUGUGGUCCAAAAAGUUGUAUUUAUUAUUUCAUGUGAAACAGGCCCUCAACGUUGUUACUUGGUUUUUAUAAUUUCAGGGUGCAAAGUUCACGGCUUUGGCUCAAUAGUCACUGGAUAAGUGAUAUUGAUUGCUACGUAGAGCUUCCGAGCUGGUUCUAUAUGACCUAAUCUAUACCUUUUGUGUAUUUUUUUUAUUAUUUUCUCAAUUUAGUUUUGAAAUCACGGCAUGUUUUUGUACAAGUAGAAUUUUUUUGCAAUUUGUUAAGUAUCAAAGUUUUAUAUAUAAAUCAUUUAUGUUUAAAUUUUAUAAAGGCAACGUAGGUACUAUAUUUCUCUUUGAUUGAUUGGAAUUUUGACGUGAAAAAGACUAAAAACUUAUCAUAUAUGUUUAUUAAUUUUAUCUCUAGCUAUCGUUGCUACCAAUAUUUUUAAAGUGUAAUAUUGUUUAAUAUUUUUUUAACAUUUCAACUGAAAUAAUUAUAUGUGUGUUAUAAAAUUAGACUGAUGCCAUGAAAAAGCAUUGUAAUAUUGCCUUAUUUAGUUAACUACGGACAUGAUUCCUUAAUAAGAAUGAAAAAGUUCUGAAA